AUGGGUCAGGAGGGCCCUCCUCCCGCAGCAGACGGCGGGGGAGGGGAGGCCGCCUCCUUAGAGGCCCUGCAGGAUGCGACCCAGAAGAUCAAUGAGGCGGCAGAGGCGCUGGAGCGGCGGCAGCAGCUGCGCGCCCUCAACCUCAACCCCGAGCGGCCGGGCGAGGAUGCCCUGAAGCGGCUGGACUCCAGCAUGAAGCGCAACUCUGCGCUCAUCCGCAAGCUCAAGGCGCUGAGCGAGGAGUCGAGGCGGUCUGUGCUGGACGACAUCUCCAAGACCAACCAGAGCAAGCGCGGGGCGGCAGCGCUGGCGGAGGUGCUGGACCGGCCGCUGCCGGAGCUGCGGCAGGCGGUGACGCGCAUCGUGGCGGCAGGAGGGGAGGGGGAGGCCGGCGCCGCGCCCGCAGACCUGCAGGCGCAGCAGGUGUUUGAGGAUGAGGAGACGCGAGCCUUCUACGAGUCUCUGGUGGACCUGCGGGCCGUAGUGCCUGCGGUACUGCUCGGGGACAAGGGCAAGGAGGCGGCAGGGGAGCAGGAGGCGGCGGCCGGCGCCGAGCAGCAGGCAGAUGGGGAGGGCGGCGGUGCGGCGGGGGCGGCCGCGGGGGCGGCCGCAGGCACGGCGGCGGCGGCGGGGGCGGCGGCGCCCAAAGGGGCGGGCGUGCCGGCGUCUGCCAGUGGCGCCUCGCUGCCCGGCGGCAAGCAGGAGCCGAGCUAUGAGGAGACUUUAGAGGGCAAGGGGGCGGGGGAGGAGGCGCGGGAGCCCAGCCAGCUGGACCUGCUGCUGGGGCGCCUGCCCGGCUGCGUGAGCAAGGAGCUGGCUGACGAGGCGGCGGUGGCCUUCUGCUACCUGCAGAACAAGGGCGCCCGCAAGCGCCUGGUGCGCGCGCUGGCGGCGGAGCUGCCCCUGGGCGCGCUGGCGCUGCUGCCAUACUACGCCCGCAUCGCCGCCACGCUGGCGCAGGUCUUCCCGGACGUGGCGCAGGGCGUGGUGGCGCACCUGGAGGCCGAGUUUGGCACCCUGCAGCGCAGCAAGGACGCCACCGCGCGCACGCUGGAGCCGCGCGUGCGCAACAUGCGGUACGUGGCCGAGCUGGCCAAGUUCCGCCUGUUCCCGCACGGCGCCGCCUUCUCCAUGCUCAAGCAGCUGCUGGACGACUUCUCGGGGCACAACAUCGACGCCGCCUGCGCGAUGGUGGAGACAGCGGGGCGCUUUUUCUACCGGCUGCCCGAGACCUCCACCCGCAUGUCCAACUUUUUGGAAGUCAUGAUGAAGCUGCGCAACGCCCGCAACCUGGACGCCCGCCAGAGCGGCCUCGUCGACUCCGCCUACUUUGCGGUCAAGGCGGCGGACAAGGGGGCGCGUCGCAGGCAGCGCCCGCCGCAGCACGAGUACAUCCGCCACCUGGUGUACGAGCGGCUGCCGCUGGGGCAGGUCACGCGGGUGAUGAAGAAGCUGCGGCGGCUGCCCUGGGCGCAGUACGAAGGGUACCUCCUCAAAACCCUGCUGCGCGCCUCCCACAAGGGCCGCUUCUCCCAGAUCCCGCACAUCGCCAGCCUGGCGGCGGGACUGUCGCGGUACCACCCCAGCCUGGGCGUGGCGCUGGUGGAUGAGGUGCUGGAGGCGGUGGAGGCGGGGCUGGAGACGCCAGACGCGGGCUUCUACCAGCGCCGCGUGGCAGCGGUACGCCUGCUGGGCGAGCUGUACAACUACAAGCUGGUCAACUCCCAGGUCAUCUUUGCCACCCUGCACCUCAUCCUGGCCUACGGACACGAGCAGGGCACGCCGCCCGAAGUCAGCAGGCGCCUGGACCCCCCCUCCAACUUCUUCCGCAUCCGCCUCUGCUGCACCCUGCUGGAGGUAUGCGGGCAGUACUUCACGCGCGGCCCGUCCCGCCGCAAGCUGGACCGCCUCCUCCCCGCCUUCCAGCGCUACCUGCUGGCCAAGCCGCCGCUGCCGCUGGAUGUGGAGUUUGAUGUGCAGGACCUGUGGGACCACCUGAGGCUGACCCCUCCGCAGUACGACAGCUACGAGGCCGCCUGCGCCGCGGUGGCGGAGCUGGAGGCGGCCGAGGCGGCGGCCGCGGCCAGCGGGCUGGCGCCGAUCGAGGAGGAGAGCGACGGCGAGGGGCCGGAGGACGGCGGCGAUGCCGGCUCUGAUGCGGGCAGCGACGCGGAGCAGGACGAUGGCGACAGCCAGGCGGGGCUGGACGGUGAUGAGGAAGAUGUGGCGCGGCUGGAGAGCGAGGGGGAGGAGGAGGGCGUGCGCAUGGUGGGCCCCGCCUUGCAGCCGGCCGAGGUGGACGAAGACUUUGAGCGCGAGUUCUGCCAGCUCAUGCUGGACCACCAGGGCCGCCCCGCAGCAGCCGGCGGCGGCCGCCAGCUGGGCCCCGGCGGCGCGGGGCCGGCGGGGGGGCCCGGGCUGCCACCCGCGGCCCACGCCCAUGGUCAGGGCGGCGGCGAGGCGGGGGAGGCGGAGGCGGUGUCGUUCCGGGUGAUGAUGAAGCGGGGGGGGCGGGACGACCGCACCCGGGAGCUGCACAUCCCGCUGACGGCCGGCAUGGCGGCGCACCUGCGGCAGAAGGAGGAGGAGGAGGCGGCGGAGAAGGCGGAGCUCAAGCGGCUGGUGCUGGAAGCAAACAAGCGCGACUUGCAGGAACAGCAGGACGCACUGCGAGCAGCGCAGCAGCAGCGGCGGCCUGGCGCGCGCGGCUAUUACGGCCGUGGCGGCGGAAGGGGAGGAGGGGGAGGGCUGUUUUGA